AUGUCCAAAGAAGGCAAAAGAUCCAAAAAUACCGGAGAGACAUCGAUUGUCUCAAAGAAACAAAAAGUUAAUACAGGACUUGGCGAUAAUUACGAUGGAUAUAAGCCAUUAGAGGAUAAUGAAAAGAUUGCGGAGAUAAAUAUCAAGGACAUCGAUGCCCAAAAAUUUUAUGAAGAGUAUAUCAAACCGAGAAAACCAGUGGUUAUCAAUGGCAUAAUAACCGAUUUAGAUAUUUCUGGAUUGAAGUCGGACACGAUUACUAAAACCCUUGGACGGAAGAAUCACGAACAAUACGAUGUGCAGGUUGAAAAACGAGUCGAUGGAGGGUUUGGCUCAGGGUUCCAAAGACAAACUAUGGCAUUUGACGAGUUUAUAGCAAAAGUGGUUAAUGGAGAAACAGAUGGCUACUUGACCACCCAAUAUGAUGAUGUUUAUGAUGAAGAUUUGGAAGAUUUCCCUGAAAGUGGAAAAGAGUUUAGCGAUGAUGAUGAAGAGGAAGAUGAAGAUGUCGGUGAUGACGGCAUGGGGGAAAGCGAGCGAGAAAAAGCUAUGAUGGAGGCCAUUAGAAACCAUCAUCAACAAGCAACACCGGAUGAUGUUGUUAGUGAAGCAGAUUCCAUCGAUUUCAACGAUUUGCAUGACGAUUUCGACGAUUUGGGGGGAGAAGAGGAAGAGGAGGAAGUCCUUGAUGAUUGCAAGGGGGAACCAUUGUAUGUAUCAGAAGCAGUGGAGAGAAUUUAUAGUCUUAUUCAAAAACCGUUAACCUCUCUUUUUGAGAAAGACAAACUUCCAAUAAUUCCUACUAUCUUGGAGACUUUAAUUCCUCAGCAAAUCAACAUUUGGGCUGGUUCUGGUAAACCUAACCCUGGGUCUUUAAAAAUUGAAAUAGACGAAACUAAGAAAGAUUUUGGCUUGGGAAGAAGAAUACCUGGUAAAGGUACUUCUUCUGGUCUACAUCAUGAUCAUGCAAAUAAUUUAUAUAUUCCUGUGCAGGGAAAGAAACGGUUUACAAUUUUCCCUCCAUCGGAGGCAGAGAACUUGUAUACUGUUGGUGAUAUAAAUAAAAUAUUCAAUUCAGGGGUCAUCGACUAUACCCCAAACGAAAGGGCUCCAAAGUGGAAGCCUGUUAGAAGUGAUGGUGCAGUUAUAGAAAACCCUGAAACUAUCAAAGAUGAAGAUGAUGAUGAAGAAGAAGUCAAUAAAUCAAAGAAACUUGAUCCUCCAUCCUUUUGUGAAGUUCCGCCUAUUCUUCUCCAUUCCGAUGAAUUAGAAGAAAAAGAAAAGGUCAUUCUCAGGAAUUUUGAAAAGAAACAUUUUCCAAAACUCAGUAAUGCCAAAAGAAUCACAGUUGAGUUGAAAUCUGGCCAAAUGCUUUAUUUGCCAACGGGUUGGUUUCAUGAAGUCUCGUCUUUUGGGUUGACCGAUGAGUCUCUGGACAAUAUGCACAUUGCUGUAAACUAUUGGUUCUAUCCCACAGAUGGUAACCUAUUUGAAAAUCCAUAUCUAGAUUCAUACUGGAAAACCGAUUUUCAAAGAACUCAGAAGGCUUACUCUUUGUAUAGGCAGGGAAAGUUCGAGUUGAGUUAG